AUGUUGCUGCGGAUAGUUGUAUUCUGUGGGCUUAUUGUUGCUGCUGUUUCUAUUAAAUGUCAGCAGAAAUUGACCAAUGAUAAAGAGGCCACCGAAGUUGACUGCGGUGAUUGUGGCUUCUGUCGCACCAUCUCGCUAAAGACGCCCGAAGGUUCCGAGAACCCCAGCAAUGUCAACGCCCAAGGAUGUGGAUGCGGAGAGAAGGCGCUCAGCAAGUUGGAGAAGGACGACCGCGUCAAGAAGAUGCACGACUGCUUUGAAGCCUCAAACACGAAUGCUGAGUUCUCCUCUGAAGGAAAACCCAAUGGUUUCCUAAAGGAUAUCUGCUGCGCGGAGUCGCAAUGCGGAAAAGGUGGCGAGAAGAAAGAUGAGACGAAGCCGGCAGAGAAGAAGGAGGAAGAAAAGCCGAAUGGCGAGAAGAAGAAGCCGGAGGACAAGCCAAAGGAGGACAAGCCAAAGGAGGACAAGCCAAAGGAGGACAAGCCAAAGGAGGACAAGCCUAAGGACGACAAGAAGCCCGAAGGGGUAAAGAAGGAUGAUAAAGAUAAGAAAGGAAAAGAUGACGACAUGAAGAAGGAUGACAAGCCUAAGGAUGAGAAGAAACCCGAAGAGGAUAAGAAGAAAGAGGAAGGAAAGGACGAGAAGAAACCGGCAUUGAAGGGAGAUGAGAAGCCGAAAGAGGAAAAGAAGGAUGACAAGGCGAAGAAGCCUACUGAUGAGAAUAAGAAAGACGAGAAGAAGAAGCCGGCAGAGGACAAGAAGAAGGAAGAGAAGAAGCCUGAUGAGGAGAAGAAGAAGCCAGAAGAGGAGAAGAAGGACGAGAAGAAGAAGCCAGAGGGAGGUGACAAGAAGAAAGACGAUAAGCCGGAGGAUGCCAAGAAGGAUGAUGAUAAGAAGAAGCCAGAAGAUGAUAAGAAAAAGCCCGAGGAGAAGAAAGGGGAUGAUAAGCCAAAAGACGAUGACGAUGAAGAGGACGACAAGGAGAAAGAUGACAAGAAGCCCAAGGAUGACAAGAAGAAGAAGCCGAAAUCAAAGAAGGGAAAGAAGGGAGGUGGACUCGCCGGAUUCCAAGAAAAACUCGCAUCGAUCGACUCGAGGAUCAAACACAUUGAGGAUUUGCUGACGAUUGUUGCCGAGAAGGCGAAGGCUGAGAAGAGGGCCGCUGGUGUGCGGCCA